GACGUUGCGUGCUCGCUCGCGCCAGGCGAGUCUCCGCGUCUCCCUCGCGAACUCGGUGAAAGGAAUUGGCGCCGUUCGACACCAGGCGGAUCCGCUCUGCAGCAGCAAUCCAGCUCCAGCCGCAGCCGCAGCCGCCGCCUGGGCCGAGGAGCAGCCUCAGCCGCCGCCAGUGGCCGAGUGAGCGGAGCCGAGUUUGAGCCAGCGCCUAGCGGAGAAUCGGGGCCUCACCAUGAGUUCCUCGCCUGUUAAUGUGAAAAAGCUGAAGGUGUCGGAGCUGAAGGAGGAGCUCAAGAAGCGGCGCCUGUCCGACAAGGGCCUCAAGGCCGAGCUCAUGGAGCGUCUCCAGGCCGCGCUGGACGACGAGGAGGCCGGGGGCCGCCCCGCCAUGGAGCCCGGGAACGGCAGCCUAGACUUGGGCGGGGAUUCCGCCGGGCGCUCGGGAGCAGGCCUCGAGCAGGAGGCCGCGGCAGGCGGCGAUGACGACGAGGAGGAAGAGGAGGAGGAGGAGGAAGGGAUAGCCGCCCUGGAUGGCGACCAGAUGGAGCUCGGGGAGGAGAACGGCGCCGCGGGGGCGGCCGACUCGGGCCCGAUGGAGGAGGAGGAAGCCGCCUCGGAGGACGAGAACGGCGACGACCAGGGCUUCCAGGAAGGGGAGGAUGAGCUCGGAGACGAGGAGGAAGCCGCGGGCGACGAGAACGGGCACGGGGAGCAGCAGCCUCAACCGCCGGCGGCGCCGCAGCAACAGCCCCAGCAGCAGCGCGGGGCCGCCAAGGAGGCCGCGGGGAAGAGCAGCGGCCCCACGUCGCUGUUCGCGGUGACGGUGGCGCCGCCCGGGGCGAGGCAGGGCCAGCAGCAGGCGGGAGGUAAGAAGAAGGCGGAAGGCGGCGGAGGCGGCGGUCGCCCCGGGGCUCCGGCGGCGGGAGACGGCAAAACAGAACAGAAAGGCGGAGAUAAAAAGAGAGGUGUUAAAAGACCUCGAGAAGAUCAUGGCCGUGGCUAUUUUGAGUACAUUGAAGAGAACAAGUAUAGCAGAGCCAAAUCUCCUCAGCCACCUGUUGAAGAAGAAGAUGAGCACUUCGACGACACAGUUGUUUGUCUUGAUACUUAUAAUUGUGAUCUACAUUUUAAAAUAUCAAGAGAUCGCCUCAGUGCUUCUUCCCUUACUAUGGAGAGUUUUGCUUUUCUUUGGGCUGGAGGAAGGGCAUCCUAUGGUGUGUCAAAAGGCAAAGUCUGUUUUGAGAUGAAGGUUACAGAGAAGAUCCCAGUAAGGCAUUUAUAUACAAAAGAUAUUGACAUACACGAAGUUCGGAUUGGCUGGUCACUAACCACAAGUGGAAUGUUGCUUGGUGAAGAAGAAUUUUCUUAUGGGUAUUCUCUAAAAGGAAUAAAAACAUGCAGCUGUGAGACUGAAGAUUAUGGAGAGAAGUUUGAUGAAAAUGAUGUGAUUACAUGUUUUGUUAACUUUGAAAGUGAUGAAGUAGAACUCUCCUAUGCAAAGAAUGGACAAGAUCUUGGCAUUGCCUUCAAAAUCAGUAAGGAAGUUCUUGCUGGACGACCACUCUUCCCGCAUGUUCUGUGCCACAACUGUGCGGUUGAGUUUAAUUUUGGUCAGAAGGAAAAGCCAUAUUUUCCAAUACCUGAAGACUAUACUUUUAUCCAGAAUGUCCCCUUGGAGGAUCGAGUUAGAGGACCAAAGGGGCCUGAAGAGAAGAAAGAUUGUGAAGUGGUUAUGAUGAUUGGCUUGCCAGGAGCUGGAAAAACUACCUGGGUUACUAAACAUGCAGCAGAAAAUCCUGGUAAAUACAACAUUCUUGGAACAAACACCAUAAUGGAUAAAAUGAUGGUGGCAGGUUUUAAGAAGCAAAUGGCAGAUACUGGGAAACUAAACACGCUGUUGCAGAGAGCUCCACAGUGUCUUGGAAAGUUUAUUGAGAUUGCUGCCCGUAAGAAGAGAAAUUUCAUUUUGGAUCAGACAAAUGUGUCUGCUGCUGCCCAGAGGAGAAAAAUGUGCCUGUUUGCAGGCUUCCAACGAAAAGCUGUUGUAGUUUGCCCAAAAGAUGAAGACUAUAAGCAAAGAACACAGAAGAAAGCAGAAGUAGAGGGAAAAGACCUACCGGAACAUGCAGUCCUCAAAAUGAAAGGAAACUUCACUCUGCCAGAAGUAGCUGAGUGCUUUGAUGAAAUAACGUAUGUUGAACUUCAGAAGGAGGAAGCCCAAAAACUUUUGGAGCAAUAUAAGGAAGAAAGCAAAAAAGCUCUUCCACCGGAAAAGAAACAGAACACAGGCUCAAAGAAGAGCAAUAAAAAUAAGAGUGGCAAGAACCAGUUUAACAGAGGUGGUGGCCAUAGAGGGCGCGGUGGAUUCAAUAUGCGUGGUGGAAAUUUCAGAGGAGGAGCUCCUGGGAAUCGUGGUGGAUAUAAUAGGAGGGGCAAUAUGCCACAGAGAGGUGGUGGCGGUGGCGGAAGUGGUGGAAUUGGCUAUCCAUAUCCUCGUGGCCCUGUUUUUCCCAGCCGAGGCGGUUAUUCAAACAGAGGGAAUUACAACAGAGGUGGAAUGCCUAACAGAGGGAACUACAACCAGAACUUCAGAGGACGAGGAAACAAUCGUGGCUACAAAAAUCAAUCUCAGGGCUACAACCAGUGGCAGCAGGGUUCUGUCCAUGUGAAUGUGCUGUGUGGAAGAGUAAAAGGGUCCAAGUAAAUGUGUUCCAGUGAUUCCAAUAGGUAUUCCAAAUUAAUUGCUGCUUGUACAUUUAACACGUGUUAUACUGGGCUUCCAGGAUCACCUUAAUUAGAACUCCUCUUAUUUUAAAAAGGCAGGGGAAAGGGAGAAAUUAGUAACUAAGUGCAUAGAUUUGUUUGUAACAGGAAAGAAAGGUUCUCUAGUAUCUCUUUUGCAUACCUGAAAUGUGAGGUAUUUGGUGGUAUGUUAGCAAUUGGUGGUCCUCUUGCAUAGGUUAAAGGCAGUACAUGCAAAUAGAGCCAAGUCCCUUUAAGGUUAAAUCCUUAUUCUAAUGGUUCAAAUUCCUUCUAUUUAAUGUUAUGUAAGACAUUGUUUCAAUAUCCUCCCUACUUGUAGAGUUGAAAUACUUCCUUACAAUAUUCUAAUACAAAGAUAGCUAGGAUACCUAUGUCCUUGGGUUCCCAAAAUCUUUCUGUAUCUGUAUUAAAUGCACAAAUACUUUUUGUUAGCUUAUAAUAACUUGGAAAAUGAUCUUUUUGGAUAAUGAAGUGAUGUAAAUUUACAUCAAAGUACAAAAAGAUCAAGAAGUGAAAUUUAAGACAAGGACUUUGAUUAUGUUAGUCCAGAGCAUGUACUUUCUUGUUGCCCUGAAAUUAUUUAAAGACUUAAUAAGAAGCUUAGAAGAAAUUAGUUUUUCCCACUACAUACUUGAGAAUAAUGUAUUUUGGUGAAGUGAGAGGACUUGGCUGCUGUACUGACUGAAAAUAUAACUACCAGGGUUUCCUCAGUGAAAUACAGUUCUACUCUGUCAAAUAAAAGCAAUCUCUAAAGACUUGAAGAGCAGACAACUUAGAGUAAAAGGUAAAAACUCAAAGCCAUUUCUGUUCAUUUGAGAGAAAACAAACUAGAAAGAUGUUUUUAAAGCAAACUUAGAAUUUAGAUAGUAGAACACGUUUCAUUUCACGUGACUAGUCCUUGUGGUCUAAGGGGGAAGACAUUUUUAUGAAAACUUAACCCUUUAAGAAACCAGUAUAUGCAAAUUUGAAUCCCCUAAGGGUAGGCCAUAUAUAAUAGGUGUUUUACAACUUACAGAACUUGGUAAAAGUUAUUCCUAGAAAAGAGUAGAAAAGAUAGCUGCCUGUUAAGUCCAUGUGAACAUUUAGUGAACAAUAGAAACUUUUAAUUUAGUACUUAUAGUCACUGGUAGCUUUCUCAAGAUAAAAAUACUUGGAAAAAGUCAUCUUUUAAUCUCUAGAAAAUAAAGAGUGGUUGAAAAGACUCAAAUGUUUGCAACACUGAUCAGUAGUGCUCACAUUAUGAACUUUAAAAUGUAAUACUUUAUUAAAAAACUAAGCUUUUUUGUCCCUAAAGCUUGUCUUAAAAGAAAAUUUAAAUAUGGAACUUAAUGCACAAAAACAACGUGUAAGAUACCAGUAUUUGGGUGGUAGAGGAUAUUAUAUAUUAUUACUGACCUGAUUUGAUGACCAAUGGACCAUAUUUUAAGAUGCUUCCCAAAGAUAUUUUAUUCUAGAGUACUAUUAAAAACCACAGUUAAAGCAAUCAGUAAUUUUUCUACUUUCCUCAUUAAGGUAUUCUGCUUUCCCAAAGUAGUUUACGUUAACAUCACUUUUAAAGGGGUGUCUUAAUCCCCAUCCACCACAGAUUUUUACCUAGGAAUAGAAGGAUUCAAACCCUAUUUGAUCCCUAGCUUUUUGCUGAAAAGUGCAUAAACAGGAAUCCUGAAUUUAUUAUAUAGACCUCCUCGCAUUAUAAAAUCGAAGCAAAGGGAAACCAGCGAUGGAGUAGAGGUACGUAGACUGAAGAGAUGCUUGCAAAUUAAAUAAUGGUAUUAGGGAUAGUCAGAUUUCUUGUUGGCAAACUUGGUCAAUAGAAAUCACACGUCCAGAGAAAAGCUAGUUAAUUUUAAAUUCCCUGAGGUUCUUUUACUGAGAUGUAAAGCAAGUAGUCAAGGAAAAACAAAGAGGGAGGGGUGAGGGAAGGGGGGGAACUGCAUAAAGCACUUAGAGGUAGUUAAUUAAAGUAGGUAUGAUAAGCUGCAAAGUUUUAAACCUACUAAUUGCCACAAUUCUAUUUUAAUCAGCUAUUUAGCUGGUACCUACCGCUAUAUCACCUAGUGUGAAAUUUCGGAUUUAAUGGAAUAAUGAAGGAAGCAGUGCAGCUGGAGGCUUCAAGUGGGCUCGGAAGGUCUCCAAUUUAUGCAGUCAUUCUGCUGUGAAAAUGAACUAACCUUGUUGUUAUUGAAGGCCUUGGAAAUUUUUACCAGCUGAGAGAUUUUUCUCUUACUCAGGGUAAGACGUAAUCAUAGUGUGCUAGAGCUGGAAGGGACUUGACUUACAUAAUCCAUUUGCCUGAUUUCAUAUGUUACAUGUUAUCAAACUGAAGCUGAGAACGUAAGUGGCCUGCGCAGCUUGUUAGAUAUCAAAUUUGAUUAGUACUCAUCAAUUCCUCCACCCCACCCCAACUCAUGCCUUUUAAAACAUGAGUGACUGUCACAUGGAAUUUUUAACAUAAUUGUUUAAGAUCAAUUUGAAUAAUACAGACUGCACCUAGCUCUGAUUUGUGUCAGUAACGGCAGGCAGAUGAUCUUGCAAAAACUUUUCUCUUUUCUAAUAACCUUCCCUUGUUAAUGCCCAAGUCUUUCCUUUGGUGGCUGCCAGAUGAUUAGGAUCAAUAAAAAUCUCUCAGAACAUAUAUGCUUGACAGUGUCACUCAUGAUAGGGCAUUUGGUAAACCAUAUAGCUUGUGUACCCUAACCCUCAUAAUGACAGCCAUAAGGUGAGCAUGGGAGGGAAAAUGCUACUGCUCUUAUGAAGUGAACUGGAGCAGGCCCCUACCUAUCCUGAAAACGGAUUAAGAACAAAAUAAAGUUUCAAAACAUCUCUUCCUUGAUCUGUUUAGCUCACCCGUGAUAAUCAGUAGGACCAGUAAUAAUGCCAUAAUCCUAUCCACUGGUGUCUUCUUUCAUACUUAUCAUUCCUUAACCAGAAAGGUCUCUAAGCCUGUGUUUUAAGUAAUGUUGAUAUUUAUUAAACCAAAAAUGAUGAAUGAAUGAAUAAAUGCUGUGGACUUAGUUGGGUGUUGGGUGCUUUUUUUAAAUGGCAGCCAGUUGAAUUAUAAAUGUCUUUACGUUAAUGGAACAAUAUGUAAUUCUGCAGUAUUUUCCUUUGCACCAAACAAGUUUCUGAAAAUAUUUUUAUGUGUGCCAUGUACAUAUUUAAGUUCUACUUAAAAAUAAAAACCCUGCAUACAUCCCAAAAAUAUUUAGAGCAGCUAAAAACCACUUUUCCUUUCUGAGAGAUGACUCACCUGUUGAAGUGGAAGAAUAGGGUCAAGCAAUGGGUACAUUUUUAAAAUAAAAAUUGCAGAGUGACGGCCCAUUAGUUUUAAGUCUGAUAUAACAUCACUGGCUUUAGAAAUCAGAAAGUAUCCCCUCAUUUUUAACAGGGUACAGUAAUACAGUUGUGAUUUUUGUUUUUAAGGCAAGUUUUAACAUUGAACUGAGAUUUUAUUUCUUGAAACGUCAGGUGUACUCACUGCUUACCAUAAGGAAACACUUUUCUAAGCAUGAUAAACACGAGGUUUAUUUUAAGUAUGAGUCCACUAUGUGCUAUACUGACAGUAGAUACAGGGGCAGAAUAAGUUUGUACAUACACAUGUAAAAUGACAACAACUUACACAUACUUUAUUUACUUGGUUGAAAGCCUUGUGGUAUAUAAAAUGCUUUCUAUAGUUGAUCUCGGCUUGGUUCACACCGAAGUGAGUUGUAUCUGGGUUUUCUGUGCUCAAGACUGCUCAAUUGCUGCUGCUGCCGCUGUUGGUUGGUUUUCUUUCAGGAUCAAGGUGGGUACUUUCAUAUAAAAUCUUGUUUUUAAUUCCUUCUCUGGCACGUCUUUCCUGGAUUCUUAGCUUUGCAUAAUUAUACCUACAAUGGAACCUAGUAAGGAGAACAUGAAUAAAUUGAUAUAACAUACCUGUAGAAACUAAUUUGAAAUUUAUAAUCAAAAUUUUUAAAUGCUUACAGAUGACUGUCAGUGGUUGUGAACACAUUCUUAAGGUAGCAUUUUCAGAUGUUAUGCCAUAGGUAGGGAUUGAAAUGAGCAUUAGGAUAAGAUAAAAGGUUGAGGCCUUCCUAAACGAAGUAUAAACCCUGACAUGGCAUUAAUGCAGUGCCUAAUGCAAUGCAUUCAUCUGUUCAUUUGACAAAUGACACAAGAUGUGUGUGUAUAUAUACAUAUUUAAAAGAUUAAAGGCAGUCCGGCAAUAUCAUUUUGUAAGAUAAAUUUCCGUGAGGGUGGGGAAUCUUAGUGGGAGAUUGCUCUGAGUAGAGCAUGUCCUUUGGAACUAGAUAAACCUAUUAGAAUCGUGGAUCUUCUUGAAUACUUAGCACACAUACCAGCAUCCUAAAGUCACCAAGAUAAAUCCUCCUAUUCCAACGUCACAUGAUCUUCUAAUUCUACCUGUCAAAAGGAAGCAUAAACACUAAUACACUGCAUGUUAUAAUACUUCCUCUAGGAAAAAAACUUCAGAGAAACAUGUUUUUUAUGCAUAGAGAAAAGCAGAUACUCACUAGUUAACAAAAAGUGUCCGAGGCCAGCCACAACAGAUCCUAAUGAGCCAUACAGUGUCGAAUCCCGAGCACAGGGGAUGUUUUCAACAUCUAAAAUUCCUAGGAGCUUAAAGGGCUACGAAAAAUAAAAAAACUUAGGUUGGACAAGAGAAUAUUUUAUUUUAGGGUGGUUUGGCAAAGACGAAAACCAUCUUUAAUCAUCCUGCUUUGGUAUGUAAUAUGAAUCUAAAAUGGAAACCCUGAGAAUUUGACCAGAAAGUCCUAAGCAGGUAGGGUAAAUUAAACCUAAAUAGAUUAUGGUACCAUGGUUAUGCUAUAAUUUGUUAAUCAACUGGUUUGGAGAUAAGGUAAGGGCAUACAUUAUUUUAUGAGCUCUUUAAACAUCUGUAUGAAAUCAUUUGGGGGAUUUGGCUAUCAUUGAAAUUUAAAAGCAGCAUAAUUUCCUUCUAAUAACCUGAGAUGCAUAGAUGGGAAAAGUGAAAUUGUCCUAACCAUGUUGCUUAUAAUAUUAGUAUACUGCUGUUUUAAAUUCCUUUAAGGAGGACUGCAGAUUUUCUGUGUUAACUAGUAACAACACAUCAGUUGUGUCUGUAAGAAUAAAUACUUUGUGUUGAGACAAAUCUCGUCUGUUUCUUGCCUGUGAUAUGACUUGCCUGUGAUAUGAAGUUGCCGUUGAUUCUAUUUCUUUGUUGAUAGUACAUGGUAACCAUACCUAGGUGUGAUGAAAAAAGCUGGAAAUCUACAGGGUUGGAUUUAUUCUCAGCUCUGCCACUAACUUCUGUAACCUGUAGGACAUAUUUUUUUAUCUGGCCUGCAAUCUGUAAUGAAGGGGUUCAGCUAGGUGAUAAUUUAAGUUCCUUCAAGUGCUAAAAUGAAUGGUUUUAAAAUUCUUUAUAUAGUCUUCAUUGGAUUUAUGGAUUUGUUCUCCCUCAUUAAAAAAUACUGCCACUUUAAGCAUAACAUUU